AUGUUUCAAGCGCCGCCCCAGCAGAGCGAAGGAAACAUACUUUUUGUACAGAAAGAAGACUUUCUCUGCAAAAUCGAAAGUGCUGUUGGAAAGUGUGUUCUUUUGCGGUACGAAACAGAUGCUGUUCCGUACAUAAACAGCAGAGAGCUGCGCGUUAUUUCCAUAGAAAAAGAGUCCUGCAUGCAAAAAGCGCUGGGCAAGUCGUUUCUGGCAAGUAUCUGUGUGGGCCUGUGCCACAGUCUAGAUAAUGAGGAAGGAUACGACUGCAUAUUUAUAUCUUCCUCCCUGCAGGAGAGCUUCACUUCAUUUUUUGUCGUAUUUUUACAGACAUACACCAAAUACAGAACAACAAAAAUAUACUGCCAGUACACAGAAGGCGAGUGCCCCUUUUUAAAUAAAUGCAUUUGA